UGUAUCCGGGUAAAAGUGGAGACAUGCCUUUCGUCACAGAAGUCUAGUUAGCUGAAAUACACUGAGAGGGAAAUGCCUCUUAUUGUGAUGUGUGGUUACCCCUGUAGUGGUAAAACUCGAAGGGCUGAAGAACUGAAGGAGUAUUUCAAACAAAACACAGGCAGAAAGGUUCAUGUCGUGGGAGACGGAACCCUUGACGUUGAGAAAAACACUGUCUACGCAGAUUCCCAAAAGGAGAAAAAUGUCAGAGCAGCUCUGAAAGCUGAAGUGGAGAGGAAGGUCAACAAGGAUGACAUUGUUAUUUUGGAUUCAUUAAAUUACAUAAAAGGUUACCGGUAUGAACUGUUCUGUCUCAUCAAACACACACAGACACCACACUGCCUGGUGUACUGUUUGACGUCAGAUGAAAUGAGCUCAACGUGGAAUACUGAAAGAAAUCCUUCUGAGCAGUAUGCACAAGACAUCUUUGAUGCUCUAGUGCUGAGGUUUGAAGCUCCAGACUCCAGAAAUAGAUGGGAUAGUCCUCUCUUCACUAUACCGAAGGAUGAAACCCUGCCAUUUGAAGCCAUCUCUGAUGCACUUUUCAAAAGGAAAGCACCCCCACCGAACCAGUCUACACAAAGUCAACCAUUGUCUUCCACAAACUUUCUGUAUGAGUUGGACAAAAUCACGCAAGAAGUGUUAAUGGUAAUUUUCAAUGCACAGAAGACAAGUGUUCCAGGGGAUCUUGUCACAGUUCCAGGAGCUACAGAAAAAAUCGAGCUCACCCGGAGCAUCAACAUGGCAGAGCUGAGGAAGUUAAGACGCCAGUUCAUCAGUUACACCAAGAUGCAUCCGACAGAGAACACCGCACAAAUAUCCAACAUGUUUGUGCAGUAUUUGAAUAAGAGUCUACAUUGACAUUUUAAAGCAUUGUUUUUUAUUUCCUGUCAAAAAUAAAUUCUUUUAAAUAUU